CCAUUAUUUGUACAUUUAAUUUACUCCGCAUUAGCAGUGUAAUAUUAGAAAGUUAGCUAUUAAUUAGAUGCCUAGCUAGGUAGCCUAGCCUUGCAUUGUGUAUUAGAUCCAUGGUUUGUCCAAAUAUGUUGUUGAGGUUGCUGUUCCUCGUCUGCUGCUCGUCGUCGUUGGCGGCAUCAGCAGCAGCAGCGUCGUCGUCGUCUGGAUCUGCAUGCAGCUGUAGCAGCAGCAGCGACGAGACGAGCUACAGCUUCCCCUCCACGCGUAUCGAGGACACCUUGGCGCUGCUCGACGACGCAGAAAUCAGCAGCAACAAUGGCAGCACCAUCCUCCACCUCACGCCGGCGGCCUCCUCGAACAAGUCCGGCACCGCCCUCCUUCCAACUCCGGUCACGCUAUGGCGGCGCCUCGACUACCAGACGACGGCGGCUCAGCCGGGGAGCUAUUCCAAGCAGGAUGCGUCCCUGAAUACCUCCUUCACCAUGAGAGUCCAGUAUGCGAAUGCGAAGUAUUCGCCGGCCGACGACGCAGCAGCGGCAGCAGCAGGGCUCAACAACGGCCUCGCGUUCGUCAUCGUCCCCACCAUCAACGGCCCGCCACCACCGGGCAGCGCCGCCGCCUUCGCUGUCGAGUUCGAAACCGGCGACAACCGCAGCAUCACCGUCAGCAUCACAACCGGCGGCAACAUCAUCGCCGCUGCAACGGCCACAACGACGACGACGAACCAGACGAACAGCUACUACGCGGUGUGGAUCGACUACAACGGUGAGAAGCACCGUUUGCUGAUAUACAUAGAUUUGCAGGACCGACCAAAACCGCAGAAGCCCUGCCUCGACGUGCCCCUCAACCUCAGCAGCGUCGUCCCCGACCGAGCUUUCAUCGGAUUCUCGGCGACGACGACGACGACGACGACAGGAGGAUCAUCAUCCGCCAUGGAUGAGCUGCUCCUCCAUCGUUAUUCCAUCUUGAGCUGGAGCCUGACAGUGAAACUACCUCCUUCUCCACACGGCCUAGACUUCGAGUGGAAGGUGAUACUUCCCGCGGUGGUUGGCACCGUCGCCAUUACCGCCAUCAUGAACGUCAUAGUGGCCGCCCAGUACCUCAACUCCAAGUACAACAAGCUCAAGAUGGAGCUCGUCCUCACGGAGGCGCUCCGGCGACUCCCCGGCACGCCGAGGGAGUUCAAGCACGCCGCCAUACGGAAGGCCACCAACAACUUCGACGAGGGGAGGAAGCUCGGGAAUGGCGGCUUCGGCGCCGUGUACAGGGGCACGAUACGGUCGUCGUCGUCGUCGGCCGGGAAGAACAAGGCCACCACCGCCGCCGCCGCCGCCGUGUCGUCGUCGUCGGUGGAGGUUGCGGUGAAGAGGUUCACCCGCGACGAGAACCGGUGCUACGACGACUUCCUCGCCGAGGUCGACAUCAUCAACAGGCUGCGCCACCGGAACGUGGUGCCACUUGUCGGAUGGUCUUAUGAGAAGGGAGAACUUCUGCUGAUAUACGAGUACAUGCCCAACGGCAGCCUCGACCGGCAACUGUUCCCCAAGGAAAAACCCGGAAGAAUCCUCGGAUGGACGACGCGCUACGGCAUCGUGACGGACAUAGCCGCGGGUCUCCACUACGUCCACCACGAGCACGAGCACAUGGUGCUCCACCGCGACAUCAAGGCCAGCAACAUCCUGCUCGACGCCGCCUUCCGUGGCCGCCUCGCCGACUUCGGCCUCGCCCGCAUCGUCGUCGGCCUCGACAAGAACUCCUACACCGACGUCGGCGUCGCCGAGACGUGGGGGUUCAUCGCGCCGGAGUACUCCGUCAGCCACAAGGCCACCCGCAAGACGGACGUGUACGCGUUCGGCGUGCUGCUGCUCGAGAUCGUCACCGGCAGGCGAGCUCUCUGCAAGUUCCAGGGGACGUUCCAGCUGCUCGUCGACUGGGUCUGGAGGCUUCACCGGGAGGGGAGCCUGCUCGACGCCGUCGACAAUGGCAUUGCUUCUUCUACCGAAGAGUUUGAUGCGGAUGAUGCCAUUCGGUUGCUGCUGCUUGGGCUGGCGUGCAGCAACCCGAACCCGUCGGACCGGCCGAGCAUGACGGAGGUGGUGCAGGUGGUCGCCAGGUCGGCGGCGCCACCGGAUGUGCCGCCCGUGAAGCCGGCGUUCGUGUGGCCGCCCGAGGGUGGGGUGGAGGUGGACUCUGAUGACGUCGACUCGUCGGGGAGCGAUGUCUAUGCGAGUUUGUGUGAAUGGGAGGAAGAGGAGACGUCGAGCAGCGAUGCCCUUGCGGUGAGAGUUUCAUCAGGAUAUCACUAGGAGCAAGGCGUGGGUCGUUGUUAAUUAACUAGCAUGGUGGCCCGCGUAGAUUGCGCGGCUAGUAUCAUUAUAUUUUCUCUUAUAUAAUAGCAUAUAUGUUUUUUCAUUAUAUUAUUCAAAUAUAUUAAAAUGACAACAUUAUUUUAAAUU